AAGAAAUACAUCUAUAAAGGCGCUCUUUGUUCAAAUUGGAAUUGGCCAAAACCCUAAUAAAAACGUCCAAUUUCCUCGUUUCAUUUGCUAAUUCAGUCGAUUAUUAUUAUUGCUAUCAAUUUAUCAUUCAUUUGAAAAGAGGAUAGAUAAAUCUAUGGCGCACCUUCCUAUUAUCCAAUUUGAAGAGAAAAUCGUAGAAACAGUGGAAAAUAACCCAGUGGUAGUAAUAAUUGGAGAGACUGGUUCAGGAAAAAGUACUCAGCUUUCUCAAAUUCUUCACCGAAGAGGUUUCACAAAGUCCGGAACAAUAGCCGUCACUCAGCCCCGCCGUGUCGCUGCGGUUUCAGUCUCUAGGCGUGUUGCGCAGGAGCUUGGUGUUAGGCUCGGGGAGGAAGUUGGUUAUGCCAUACGAUUUGAAGACAGAACCUCAGAGAAGACACUUAUUAAAUACCUCACUGAUGGAGUUCUCCUUCGUGAAAGUCUUUCUAACCCGGAGCUGAAUCAAUAUUCAGUCAUCAUAUUGGAUGAAGCUCAUGAGAGGAGCUUAAACACGGAUAUAUUGCUGGGACUCAUGAAACGGUUGAUUAAAUUACGUGCCUCCAAUUUAAAGGUUUUGAUAACUUCAGCUACUCUUGAUGGCGAAAAAGUGUCAAGGUUCUUUUCUAAUUGCCCAAUCCUCAAUAUUCCAGGGAAGUUAUUCCCUGUGGAAAUAUUACAUAGCUCAGAAAGGCCCAAAAGUUAUAUUGAAGCUGCUUUAAAGACGGCCAUUGAUAUACAUGCUCGAGAACCAGAAGGCGAUGUACUAAUUUUUAUGACAGGACAGGAUGAUAUAGAGAAAAUGAUAUCAAAAUUGGAAGAGAGAAUCCAAAACCUUGAGGAAGGAUCUUGUCUGGAUGCUAUAAUCCUUCCUCUUCAUGGAUCUUUGCCCCCUGAAAUGCAGGUCCGUGUUUUUAGUCCUCCACCUCCCAACUGUCGGCGAUUUAUCGUUUCUACAAACAUUGCCGAGACUUCUUUGACUGUUGAUGGUGUGGUGUAUGUAAUUGAUUCUGGUUAUGUGAAGCAACGGCAAUACAACCCAUCAACUGGCAUGUACUCCCUUGACGUAGUUCAAAUUAGCAAGGUACAGGCAAAUCAGCGAUCAGGACGAGCUGGAAGAACACGUCCUGGGAGGUGUUACCGUUUGUACCCUUCUAUGGUUUACGAGGAUGAUUUCUUGGAUGCUACGAUCCCUGAAAUACAGAGAUCUUCUCUUGCUGGAACUGUCCUCUACUUAAAAUCAUUGGACCUCCCAGACAUCAAUAUUCUCAAAUUUGAUUUUCUCGACCCUCCUUCCUCCGAGUCAUUAGAAGAUGCUUUGAAGCAGUUGUAUCUCAUUGACGCUAUAAAUGUUGAUGGUUCAGUUACAAGUCUUGGACGAAUCAUGGCUGAACUUCCACUGGAACCUUCGCUUUCUAGGACCUUAUUAGAGGCAAACGAGUGUGGCUGCUUAUCUCAAGCUUUGACAGUUGCUGCUAUGUUGUCUGCAGAAACUACAGUGCUUUCAGGUCGAAGCAAGAGCACCGAAAAGAAGAGGAAGAACCCUCCGUCAGACCUUCCUGAUGGUUCUGGCUGGGGCGACCACAUCCAAUUGCUGCAAAUCUUUGAGAUCUGGCAUCAAACUGACUACAAUAUAGAUUGGUGCAAAGAUAACAAUUUGCAGGUGCGGGGGAUGAUGUUUGUCAAAGAUGUCAGGAAACAAUUGUCUCAAAUAAUGCAGAAGAUUGCUAAAGGAUCCCUGGAUGUCAAGACAAGUAAGAGACGAAAAGAAGGUCAAGAUUAUAGGGCUUUGAGAAAAGCUCUUUGUUCGGGGUAUGCAAAUCAGCUUGCAGAGCGAAUGAUUCGCCAUAAUGGCUACCGAACUCUAGGUUUCAAGUCACAAGUAGUUCAGGUCCAUCCGUCGUCAGUAUUGAAAACAGACGAAGAGGGAAUGCUCCCAAAUUAUGUUGUAUAUCAUGAACUUAUUGCUACUACACGGCCAUAUAUGCGCAAUGUGUGCGCGGUUGAGAUGGCAUGGGUCACGCCAAUCCUAACAAAGCUUGAUAAUUUGAAUGUCAGUAAACUCAGCAGUGGUGGAACCAGCAAGUCUCAUGAACAGACACAAGUAGAAAACUCACACUUGCCAAAUGAAGAUUCAUUUACCACUCAACCUCCUGAUGAUCACAACGAGAGGAUACUAGCUGCUCGGGAGCGUUAUCUUUCUCGUAAAGCCAAGAAAUAGAACUAUUAGUCAAAUUGGUUGUUCCUUUGAUGCUCUCUCGUUCCACAAAAAGACACUGUUCAGAAUUCCUUCACAAUGACGGGAAUGGGCAAGUUGUUACAGGUGAUAACGAGGCCCGUGUUUGCAGCAUUUGAAAAGCCUGGAAGUCAAGUACCACUACCCAAUAGCUUAGGACCGCACAUGCAUGAAGACUGCAAAUUACAGGCUUGCAUCACAUCAAACUGCUUUAUUACUGCGACCAUACAAUUAACAUAGUACGUUGUUAAUAUUAAGAACCUAAUUGCCUUUAGAUCGAGCAGAUGGUCGGAAAAAGAUUUAUAGUUUAGUUUGUUCUUGUUUCUACCCGCAACUCUUCUCUUGGUUGCAUUUUACUAGCAGGCUCGUGUAGUGGAGUUAAAAAAGACGAGAAUUGAGAAUUGACUCAACGAGGUGGUGGAAGCUAAGAAAGCAUGUAUCAUAAAGUGGCGGAGUGGAGGGUGUAAGUCAUUAUGCACACCAACAAUGUACUGGUAGAAUUAUCCUUCAUUUUAUCAUUUAAUUGGAGCGGUAUAUGAUAUUUGGUAUAGAUUCGUGAAAUGUCAAUUUUAUUAAGAAUUAUAAUGAG